AUGAAGAGAUCAGUACUAGCCUUAGUAGAGCUAAUAGUCAUAUUGGCUUUCAUAACCCUCACUCAAUCAGCCAUAGCCGACUGAGACGCCUACUAUGCGGACCAUGGAGCCUCAUGGGUGAAUGUUUUUGAUAACUGCACUGAUGAUGUUAGUCAGCAAUCCCCAGUUGACCUCCAGGUAUCAGAUAACAUUUGGAAAGACUUCGUGUUUCUUACUGCUUACGCUCCCACUAAACCAACCUUUAUGGGACUUGAGGAUUGUGUCUACAAAGUCCGUGCAGAGAAUAUUGGAGUUGUAACCACUAAUGAUGUGUAUGCUCUCCCUAAGCUUUAUAAAUUUGAAGCCCAGGAAAUUGAGUUCCAUGCCCCCUCAGAGCACUUAAUUAAAGGAAAGAGAGCUGCCCUUGAGAUGCAGAUUUACCAUAAAGACGUAUUUGGAAAAUCAAAAUCUAAGAAUGCAAUGGUUGUCAGUGUACUCUUUGAUACAGUUGACAAGGACGGAGAUGAUUUCUUUACUUUCCUUGACGGCAAAUCAGACCUUGAUGUCUCUAAAAUCCUCCCAAUCAAUUUCAUGAUGCAUAGCAAUGUGUUCGGUUAUCUCGGUACUCAGACCAAAGAAGGGUGUGCCACAGGAGUAGGAUGGUAUAUUUCUCCAGAAAUUAAGAAAAUCUCAAAGCAAGAUUUUGAGACUAUCACCUCAAAGUUCACCAAAAAAGGGAACUACAGAGAUGCCUUCAGCAUAAGAGAGAAGAGACUUUUCAGUCAUCCACCGCUGUUCAAAUAA